CGAUUGCCACGCCCUCCGUCCAUUACACACAACCGUUCGAGCGUCAUGUCGGACAUGGUGAUGGGCCAGGGGCCCUUUGACAUGAAGUACUUCCUGUCCGGCGCUUUGGCCGGCGGCAUCUGCUGCUCCAUCACCCACGGCGGCCUCGUGCCCGUCGACGUCGUGAAGACGAAGAUCCAGCUGCAGCCCGACGUCUACAACAAGGGCUUCAUCGGCGGCUUCGGCCAGGUCAUCGCCAAGGAGGGCACGGGGGGCCUGCUCACGGGCCUGGGCCCCACGGCCCAGGGCUACUUCAUCCAGGGCUGGUUCAAGUUCGGCGGCGUCGAGUUCUUCAAGAUCAACAUCACGCGCAAGGUCGGCGAGGAGACGGCGUGGAACAACAAGACGCCCAUCUACCUCCUCUCGUCGGCCAUGGCCGAGUUCAUCGCCGACAUCUUCCUCUGCCCCUACGAGGCCUGCCGCAUCCGCCUCGUCUCCGACCCGUCCUACGCGGAGUCGAUGGUCGGCUGCGCGCAGAAGAUGAUGGCCGAGAGCGGCUUCGUCGGCGCGUUCUACAGCGGCUUCGUGCCCAUCCUCUUCAAGCAGAUCCCCUACACCAUGGCCAAGUUCGCCGUCCAGGGCAAGGCCGCCGACUCCAUCUACGGCGCGCUCGGCGCGUCGCCGGACCAGCCGCCGGCGAUCGGCAACCUCGGCGUGUCGCUCGCGUCGGGCGUCGUCGCGGGCGUCGCCGCGGCCAUCAUCUCCCACCCGGCGGACACGCUCCUGUCCAAGAUCAACAAGGGCGGCGCCGGCGGCGACGGCUCCAUGUUCCAGCGCAUGGGCAACAUCGUCGCGGAGACGGGCCUCAUGAAGCUCUGCACGACGGGCCUCGGCGCGCGCUGCGUCAUGAUCGGCACGCUCACCGCGGGCCAGUUCGGCAUCUUCGACAUCAUCAUGAACGCGACGGGCGCCGCCAAGUUCCACUUCCACGACCCCAAGAAGCUCCACUAGGGAGCUCCGCGCCGCGCGCCGCGCGCCCGUCCCCCCCCUUGCGCCGCCGCAUCCCUAUAACACACCCCGACUCCCUC